ACCUGUCCUCCAAUGUGACAGCGCCAUGCUUACCAUCUCUGAAUUCUAUCCAACGAUAUCCAAAUCUGAAAUAUAAUCAGUCCAUUCCGGCAAUUUUUACCGGCGCUGCGCCCUAAAAUAACGGGAGAAUUCCUGGAGAAAAAGAGGGCGCAGCUUCUUGUUGCUCCCCAUCCCUACCAGAUCUUAUCCUUUUACAGUUUUACUCACUGUUGUCUGCAUUUUUCUGGUGCAGCUAGGGUUAGGUGUUUCUUCCACCUUCUCCGGUUCUACCCCCUCCUUUUGGUUGCUACUCGUUUAGCCAUGGAGGAGAUGUACGCAGGUUUGGCAGAUUUUCUCAAGAAGCCGGAGGUGGUGGAAACAUUGAUCGACAUCGUGCUGUGCGCGGUGCCGAUCUGGGUCGCGGUCAUGAUCGGAUUGGUGAUUGGUUGGUCCUGGAGACCGCGGUGGACGGGGCUCGUCUUUCUUGGUCUCCGGAGCAGAUUUCGGUUUUUUUGGACGCUGCCGCCGGGUUUUGGUGCGCGGAGGCUGUGGUUGGCAUUCACUGCGCUAUCUGCCUUCUCUGUUUGCCGCAAGCUGUGGUCAAACUUCAGGGUCAAGGUUCCGGAGCUGCCUGCCGGCGAGGAGCGAUCGGUUGUUGGAGAUGGUGCGGGAUUCGUGAGUACCGGAUCAUUUGAUACCCAGAAAGAUGCAGUAACAGAAAGGGAUUUGGAACACCUGACUCAUCUUCUAGAUGGUAGGGAUGGAGACAUGGUUUGGCAAAAUCAAAUGGAACGAACUACAUCAAACAUGAGUUACCAAGCUUGGCUCCAUGAACAUGAGACCAGUCCUAUAAUCUAUCGUAGUAGAACAAUUUUUGAGGAUGCAAGCCCAGAGUUGGUAAGAGAUUUCUUCUGGGACGAUGAUUUUAGAUCUAAGUGGGAUUCUAUGCUUGCUUACAACAAAAUUUUGGAAGAAUUUCCGGACUCUGGAACAACAAUUGUUCACUGGGUAAAAAAGUUCCCAUUCUUCUGCAGUGACCGGGAAUAUAUCAUCGCCAGACGCAUAUGGGAGUCCAAAAAGACUUACUACUGUGUGACCAAGGGUCUUCCCUAUCCUUCUUUGCCUAAGAAAGAAAAACCUAGGAGGGUUGAACUGUAUUUCUCAAGCUGGCGCAUAAGAGCUGUGCAAUCCCGCAGACAAGACGGACAGCAUUCCGCCUGUGAAGUAACCUUAGUUCACUACGAGGACAUGGGAAUCCCAAAGGAUGUAGCCAAGGUUGGAGUUCGUCACGGAAUGUGGGGAGCCGUCAAGAAACUUCAGUCAGGCAUGAGAGCCUACCAGCAGAUGAGGAAGACCCAAACAUCCCUUUCCCGCCACGCCCUCGCCGCACAGAUCACGACGAAGGCAACGCUCGCCGUCGACGCAGAUAUGUCCAACGAGUCCGAGGAAGCAUCUGGUGGGGACGAAUCGAACCAGCAAGUGAGCAACGAUCAGAAAAAGAUUGGAUUUCAUGGAGUUAUUGACUGGAAAUGGAUUGCUAUAGGGGGUGUGGCUUUAGCAUGCGGCCUUCAUAGUGGGCUGAUAGGGAAGGCAUUAUUGAUUGGAACUGCAAGGAGGAUUGGCCGGAAUUGAUCUUCUAUUUGAUCUCUAUUCUAACUGAAGAUUUGGCGCCAAGAGUUUUGUUGUGUUUAAGGAACAGAGUGCAGAAUGUUUUCUUAUCGUUUUAGUUUACGCCUGUGUAUAAGUUUCAUGGAGCCUCCAAAUGUCUUGUGUGCCAUAGUUUUUACCUCCAGCUUUGAGAUGGCUGUCCCAGAAUUCGGAGAAAUAUUUUUAUUACAAUUUUAUUUUGAGGGACUGAAUUGUUAUGAAUUUGUUUAUUUAUAUAGUCUUUGUUUUUGCAGUUGAA